ACGUUACGUCUCCUCCGUUGCGCAGAUGGUGUGGCACAAGAGCCUCCCCAAGGAGAAAAUGGUGCUGAGCUUGGAGGAAGAGAUGGACUGGAUGCCGGAUCUGGACAUCACGCGGGUCAUUCCAGCUGGUGUGUUUGCUGUCAUGCACGUGAGGAACAUCACCAAAAGCGAGAAGAGGUACCGCAAAAUCUUCAACAAAUGCCGCGCUCUGCAGGAGGCGGAUGCGAAGGUAACCACUUAGAGCACAAUUUGCUCUGCUGUUGGGUUGGAGGUGGUGGCAGACGCGAAGGCACAGAAGCUGCUCGUAGCUGCAUCCAUGGAGUUUGGGUUCUCCACGGUGUGGACCUUCACGUGUUCGCCCACUUGCGUGCAGACUGCAAAUGAGAAGUCUGGCUUCCCACCAGUCACUGCUGACGAUUGCGUGGCAGCGUUGCAGGAUGGCGCAUCUGCGACCAAGCUUUGUGGCGGAAAGGGCCUGGAGAUGGAGAUCUGGGCACGUGGGCACAUGUGGGGGCGCAUCCGCGACAGAGCUUGGUCGCGGAUGCGCCAUCCUGCAACGCGCAUGCGCAUUCCGCGCCCCCACAUUUCUCAGAGUAACAUGUUACUGCAUCCAUCGCUCUCUUUAAGCGCCAAAACCGUUGUUUUGCCGUGUCGUAGUUUGGCUUCUCCUCGUGUGUUAAGUGUGGAACGAACUCGCCGACGAACCUGUACUCCCUCUGCAAUGGCCGCCCGUCACUUCCGUGAGGUGUUAUCCAAAAGCGCCAAGCGUCUCCCAGGUUCUUGGCUAGUCGACAUGGCCGCAUGAUUUCUUUGUUGAAUGCGUAAUCCUCUAGCAAGGGCGGUGGGAUGGCGGGGGUUUUCUUUUGCGCUUGGCCUUUGUCGAGGCUGCUGGUGCGGCAUCUGUUGCACACGUGCCAGUGGGGUCGCUCUGCUCUCCCACCCCUGCUUCCAUCUCUGCACUUGUCUCGCCCUGCUGCGUCCCCAACCCUGCACGCGUGUCUCCAUGCGACACAGUUGAAU